AUGAGAACGACUCGACGAGGAAAGAACGGGAAAGGAGUUGAUUUAGAGGCAGAUGGACGAGUAGAUGACCACGGACUCGUGCUUAUGGCGGUACUUGAUGAAAGUGGCGUUGUGCUCGUUGAUAAUGGUGUCGUUGUUGAGUCGACUGAAGAUUCUGAAGGUUUGAAUGAGGUUACCGUUCGUGUUGGAGGUGGUGUGCUUGGGGACUUUGAAUCGUGA